CAUGCACCCACUGUCAGCUUCCCAACAAAUAUUGGCAACCAUCUCCGCACUCAUAAGCACACUCUAUGGUAUGUGCGGUGUAUUUUUGUCCGAUGAUUCACACCUGCAGGCAUAUUCGACAUCUUAUAGUGGUUCUCACCGACCUUACCGCCGGUCAAUCUGCACGGAUACUUGUGCAGAACAUGGUGGCCAGGCUGACUACCUGUCAAUUGUCGCCAUUCUGACAUAUGCACGUUUAGUAUUGCCGCAAUGCGAUUCGAGGGAAAUAAGUGGUACACCGGAUUCAUAUUAAUGUCGCAACUACCACUCCACCCUUCCAUCACAGCGUUUCUUCUUCAAGUCACAUGCACCCAGAGGCUAUGGUCAUAAGGGAAAGGCUAUAUAUUUAAUCUAUGGGUCCACAAUGCGCCGAUUCUCUUGUCUCUGUCUCUCAUGGCAGCUUCUUCCAAUCCGACAGAAGAAAAUUGGCAUCCGUCCAGUCUUCUUGCAUAUGACGCACUCCCGGAUCACCAGGACUUUGACUCCAUAAUAUCUGAUGCAAAAUUCACCGCUGAUACUGGAACUGAUUUCUACGGCCGUAGUCUGACGAGUCGCAGAUAUGCCCUUGUUGGGGUGGCAUGCUCAAGCAUUUUCGGCUGCCUAUGCGUUGUUGCAGGCCUUGUCACUUUAGCCAAUCACGGAGUCUCAGGAGUAACC